AAAGUCGAUCGAGCACCAUCUCUCUCUAAAAAUUGCUUGCAAUUUAUGUAUCCAAUAUACAUAACGCACACAUGUGUAGACUACACUAAGACAACUCUCAUUUUAACAAAGAAUGUUGUUUUAAUAGAAAGAAAAUAAAGAAAAACUACAUAGCAGUUGUUAUUCAUAUAUUUUUCGUUCCAUUUCUUAUAACCGAUCUCUCAAAAUACUACUUUUACAUGAGUUUUUUUAGAAACUCACGAGUUUUAAGUUAAUCAUAUUGUUUAAAUGAUAUAGCCAUAUUUCUUUACAUUAUAUAGUCAUGUUUGUCUAAAUUACAAGCCUUGUCUUUACAACAUGCAACAAUAUAAAACUACUUAGAAAAAACCUUUCUCUCUCUUUAGUUUCAAAAUCAUUGUUUAAAAUUAAUUAUCAUAUCUACUUGUUAAGUCACAAGACACAAGGUGUGUACUUAUGUGUAGUGGCAUUUUCGUUAAUUUAAAAUACAAGAACCCCACUUCAGGAAAUUACACUUCAUACAAAAAAACACUCAUUUCUUUGCACCUAUGCUCCUUAUAAAUCAUAGGCCUUCCUCUCCCCCCAACACAACUUCUCACAUUUCAUAAAAAGUGAGACAAAUUACGAGAGAACGAGAGUGAUCCAAGAACAUGAACCACACGAUGGAUGAUGAUCAAAACUUGGCUUUUAUCUCUCAAUUGUACCCCGAUGUCUACACACAGAUACUACCACAAGAAGUGAAGCCACCGAAGCGAAGGAGGAAGAAGAGCAAAAGAGCCGUGGCUACUGGAGACGGAAGCAACUGUUUUUUUAGGAAGAGAAAGCUUAGCGAUGAGCAAGUGAACAUGUUGGAGAUGAGUUUUGGUGAUGAGCACAAGCUUGAGUCCGAGAGGAAAGAUAAACUUGCCGCGGAGCUAGGGCUCGACCCUCGUCAAGUUGCUGUUUGGUUUCAGAACCGUCGUGCACGGUGGAAGAACAAAAGGCUCGAGGAAGAGUACAACAACCUCAAAAACUCACAUGAGAACGUCGUUGCUGACAAGUGCCGACUUGAGUCAGAGCUUCUUCAGCUCAAGGAACAACUCUAUGAUGCAGAGAGGGAAAUUCAAAGAUUGGCAGAAAGAGUAGAAAGAGGCGCGAGCAACAGUCCCAUUUCUUCUUCAGUUUCUGUCGAAGCUAACGAAACACCAUUUUUCGGAGAUUAUAACGUCGGAGACGACGGUGAUGACUAUAACCUCUUUUAUCCGGUGCCAGAAAACACCUACAUAGACGGAGUAGAAUGGGCAAAUAUAUACAUAUAAAAUUAAUAGCUUAAUGUAAUAUUUUUAAUUGUAUUAAGUAGUGCCCUGAUUUAGGGAGUAGUAUUUUUUUAAGUAAACUAGCUAGUGCCUAGUAGAAUAUGUAACUGCUGAAUUUCUAGUGUACAAACAAAUAUAACGACGAUGGGUUUCAGAAAUUCUUGAUCUUUUUAUAUAUUUAUUUAAAAUGCAUUGUCGUAUAAAUUCUUGAGAAACGUUGUUAAUCGAUGGAU